UCAAGUUAUGUUUGGGAAUAUUUUCAAAUUGAAAAUAGACAUGAUGUUUGUAAAAUAAUUAUAUUUCUAAAAGGUGAAGAGGUUGAAUGCAAAAGAAAUUAUAAGUAUGAUGGUGGAACUGGUAAUAUAAAACAACAUCUUCAAAUAAAACAUGGAAUUUCAUCACCAGAUGAUCUUCAAUUGAAUUAUAAUGAAAAAAUUCAAACACAUAUCAAUAAAAUGAUUAGAAAAGUAACUCCACAUUGUGCACUUAAACAAGCAGAAUUAAAACAAGUUACAGCUGAAUGUGAAAUUCAGUAUACCACUCUUUCAGUUAUUAAUUCAAGUUUUGAAGCAUUAAAAUUUGAAUUUGCCGAUGGUGGUACAUUAACACCAGAAGAAUUAAAUAAAAUUAUUAAUGAAAAUGGAAUUAAUAUUAAUGAAG